AGGCUGCAGCGGCGCGGCCGGCUCGGCUUUGAUUCCUUCGCCGUGCACGGUGAUCACUGAUCAUGGGUGCCAAGCGCAAAAACCCGGCUUUAGCUAAGCAGCAGCAGCCUUCUCCUGCUCCUAAGCGGGCUCGCACCACCGAGGCAGCGGAGUUCACUGGUGCCCAGUUUAAGUCCAUGCUGCGCGACCCCAGCACCGCCAUGAAGGGUCUGGAAACAUUUAUAUCCACAGCUAAGUCAUUACCAUCAGCAGAACAGUAUGAUGUUGUAGAGGGAUACAUAAAAAUUUCUAUGGAAUGUGCAGAAAUUUUAAAACUUCUGGAUGGUGAAAGACGUCCUGAAAAUGAGAUGCUGCUCAUCUUUCAAGCUUUAGAAAACAUUUUGCUACGAACAGCAAGUGAUCUGUCCCAUUUUCGUGUUGUGGGGAUGACUAUAGUAAAGAAGUUGAUUAAUAGCUACAUGAGACUAAUUUAUGCUGCUCUGUAUUCUGAAAGUCACAGAAUGGCUCGCCUGUGCCUCACCUUAUUAUCAGCAAUGGUGGCACAGGGGCCGGAUGCAGCGAGGGACAUUUACAGCCACUUUGAUUUCAAUAAUAAAUCCCUCUCUAGUUUGGUGAAGAGGAGAGAUUAUAAGGGCAAGCCUGAUGUUCGUAUGGCAUAUAUCCAAUAUGCCCUUUCCUUUUUAAUUGCUGGUGACAACACAAUCCUUACCCACAUUCUGGAGUUAAAAGAUUUCAUUCCAGAUAUUUUAAGAACUGGCCUAAAGGAAGAUCGAAUAUCCACAAUUAGUCUUCUGCUCUCCACAUUGGCAACUAAGGUAGUUCACAACAAAAAUAUCAGUAAGACCCAGAAGGUGCGUUUUUUUACUGCAGAAUUACUGAACCACAUAGCUUCACUCUAUCGCUGGAAUGGAAUCCCUGAUGUCAGUGCUGAAGAUGUUAAGUCUUCCCAGGACCCUGAAGAAGCAGGAAAGGCACUUGUGAGAGAACUGGUUCAUAAGUUUUUAAUGGAUCUCUGUUGUUCUCUGAAACAUGGCAUUAACUUUUAUGAUCCAACCCUUGGCACAUCUGGCAGAGGAGGGAACUUGGUGCUUCUGCGAUUUCUCCUAAGUCUAAAGACUGCUGUAGAAGAUGAAAUGGUUGCUGAACUUGUGGUGAACAUUUUCAAAGUGUGCCCAGAUUUACUGAACAGAUACUUUAAGGAGUCUCAGUAUUCUUUUGUUCCCAGACUAAAAUCUGCUUGGCUAGACAAUAUGAAAUUGCUGAGGAAGAUCUAUGAGGCUCAACCUGAGGUUUCCAGUGCCUUUAAAACCACAGAAUUUGUUCCUCUUCCUAGAUUGCUUUCAAUGGUGUUGGUCACAACCAUCCCAGCAGUGUGUAAUAAGGCAAUGUUCACCCAAGGAUUAAAUAUAGCCAGUAAAACAGUGAAACACACAAUCUUUUCACUUAUAUCAACAAUUCUGAAAAGAGCAUUGAAAAACAUUGAGUAUUGUCUUACUGAGAAGAUAUGGGAGAAAUCAGAAAUCUAUACUCCAUCGGUCAUGCAGGAAUUUGUACAGCAGUACAGGGAAGCACUUAGCAAGCUCUUACCGGAUAUGACAAAUAUAGUAGCUGUCUGGCAGUCACUUUUAAAGCAAGAGAAGGAACAAGAGGGACAGAAGGGGAAAGCAGAAGAUGCUGCUGCUAUUGUGGAGGAAAUGGCUGAAGAAAAAGAAGCAAAUGGAGAGCAUGGUUCAGAUGAUGCAGAAACCACGCUUUUGAAAGCUGUUUUACUUCAUGUUAUAUGCCUCUAUCAGCAAGCUGUUCCCCACUUGGUGGCACAGAGCAACUUUGAUUUUAGCAAAUUGAUAAAAGGUAUCGUUACUGAAAAAGGGCUGCGACAAGAGAUUCCUCCAAUUUUACAGCAUCACAUUCUCCAAGUGGCUCUGGAAUUGCCAGCAAACAAGUUUUCCUGGUUCAAAAUACAGGAUGAAGCUGAGAAGGUUUGCGGUGAACGAUCAGUGUUUUAUUUAUUGAUGAAAAUGUUUGUGACAAGCAACCAUUCACAGUUCAAAAAAUCAACAAAGAAACUGAUCAUUAAGGUUUUGCACGACAGUGGAGUAUUUGAUUACACCUGGAAAGAACUUGAACUCUGGCUUGAACAUUUGGAUAACACAGUAGAAGUCAAAAAGGAAGCGGUGAUUCAGUUUUUGGAAAGGAUCUUGGUAAAACUAGUGACCAACCCCUAUCCAUACACAGAUAAGGCAGCAGACAUUGUCCAGGAAGCCAGCGUUCUCCAGGCCAACUUGUUCAAACAAGACAUUGAUAAUAUCAGCCUACCAAUCUCUCACAUUGAUGAUGUUUUGGAUAUGAUUGAUGUCCUUGUGGAGGGCAGUGAAGGCUUAAAUGAAGAAAUUGGAUUUACCUUAAACGAAGACAUGAUUGUGAGCACGUUUCCAUUCAGUGCUGUUGUCCCAGCAUCCUUAGAAGCCAGGAAUAAGUUGCUUCUCGAAGCUGAUGAAAAUGCAAGAGGAGAAAGCAUAGUGGAGUAUCUCAUUGCCAUUUACACUGACCUCCUACAUUCUCAGAGAGACCCCUUGGCCCUUUGUUUGAUGUUUCAGCAAUAUGAUAAAGAGCUCCCGUCUGUCUGUCCUCAGCUCUAUCUCUUCAGGCAUUACUACAGUCUUUGGAUACCACAGCAAGCUAAGGAAACCUUGUUCCAGCAAGGGGAAAACAUGUGCAAAGAUGAAUUCCUGCCAUCAGAUCCCUCAUUUUCCACCCUGCUGAAGAAUACUUACCAGAAAGGUGUUGUUGGUUUGUUAGAAGUGACCAUGAAAGAGAAGUUAAAUGAAGCUAUUUUGCAGCUUCAACCUCAGCAGCUUUUGUUGGCUUCAAAGCAUGUUCUGCUUUACCUAAAAACCACAGUGGAAAAUUUCAGCAAUUUUGGCAAAAAUCCUGGUAUUUCCCUUCUCACUCUUUUUGUGGACCUUCUGAAGAGCCUGUUGCACAAAGGUGGUGAUAGAGAAUUGUGUAGUGUGCAGGUACACGAAAAUACACAAGCUGGAUCUGACCUUUUUGUGAAUGAAGAGUCUGAGACAGCAGGAAAAAGUGGAAAUGAUGAGAUACUGGAAGAGUUAUUUUCUUUAGUCUUCAAACACCCUACAUUGGAGAAUUGGUUCUUGGCUGUAGAACAACGUUCUCUUCCCCCGCACAAUUUAAGUCCAGUAAAAGUGAAACUGCUUUCCAUUCACCUAAAUCAUGGCAUUCUUGAGUUGCUGAAGAUGAGUUGCCCACUACUGCAACCCAAGAAUCAACUGGAAGUGUUCUCUAAGUAUUUUGAAACCAUCACUAAAACUGUGUUGGAGGAACUGCACCCCAGUAGACAGGAAGGGUGCAAAGUAUCUUCCAAAAGGUCACAACAGAUGGAGGCAUUGCAAGAACUCUAUACUUACUUGGAUGCACAACAGCUAAAAGAAGUUACAUUGGCUCUCCUGCAGCUUCCUAGAGCAAACCUGACCAUGAAGGAAUCUGAAACUGAUUCAGGAAAAAAAAUAUGUUUGAGUACUUAUGGAGAGACUUUGAUGCAGCUCCUCACCGAAAGCUACCAAAAAGGAUCUUUGAAGGGAGACCUCUUCUUUUCAAGAGAGCACAUUCAAGGGAUGGGUAUUCUUUUGUCUACGGCAGCCACGAAGGAGCUGGAGAGGGUGUUCAUGCAUGUGAUACAGAAAGAGCCCGUCUUUGCCCAGGCUGUUGGAGUGGACGUGCAGCUCUUCUGUCUUCAGCAUUCAACAGAAACAUCCCUUUCCAUCGUGGCUUUGUUGAUUCGGUAUUGUCGUACUCACUUGCUGCAGUUUGAGCUUUGGUGUCUGAAUCAUGGUACUGGCAAACUCUUGAAAAAGAAUGUGAGCCUUUUUCUGCCACUGAUCAAUACAUACUUGGACUGUCAAAAGCAGCAUACUUUUGCACAAGCUGUUACGUCUACCUUGCGAGAUGCUUUGUGGUCAGAACUUCUAGACAUCGCUCUGAACAGAGGUUCAUCACAGCCAUUCACUGAGGAAUGUCAGGUUCUUUCCAAGCUGCUUCCACCUUCAGAAACAGAGGCAUUCAUUUACCUAACAGAAAAAUUACCUGUCGCCCUUGAGUCAGAAGGAAGUCAUGAAUACUGGGAGGUUGCUGAUGCUGUAUCAAGAGCCUUCGGGAGUUCUGCAGAAAAGUUGCAGGCAUGGAAAAAAUGCCUGCUAGCUGCCUGUAUAAAAUGGCUGAUCCUCACUUACAGCAGUAGCAAAGAACAAGAAGCAUGCCUAGAAACUGAGAGGACUAUGCUGUCAAGGCUGGAGAAAUUAGCAAGCUCAGUAACUGAAGUAGUUCCAGAAGACUGGCAUAGUUUUGUGAAGAUGGGGCUCAAGUACCGUUAUAAAGAUCAGGAUUUCCUGAAAACUCUGAAUGCAGUAAUAAAUAUGUUGUACCGGAAAGAAGUUUCUCUUAGUCAGAGAUUAGUCAAGCUAUCAGUGCUUUAUAUGAUGAUCACGCAGCACUCUUUAUUUCUGUCAACAAUGCUGAAGUCGCAAGAAGAGAAUGACCUGAAUGUUCAUGCAAGAGAGGCAUUAGUGGACGUCCUGUUGACUCUAGUAAAAGGAUGUCCUGCUGUUUGUGAGAGUAACCAUUUUGCUGUGCUGCUUGGAGCCUAUGGUGCGACACUGAGUGUUUCAGACCAGAAAAUACUGCUGCUACUUAAAUUGUAUGAGAAGAAUGGUCUAAGCCUUGUAAACUUCAGGAUAUUACUUUGGGGUCCAGCAGCUGUGGAGCACCACAAGACAUGCAAGAGUUUGGGAAAGUCAUUGUGGCAGCAGCCAAGCAUGGAAGAAAUUCUGUGUCUGCUAGACCAAGAAAUGAUGGAAAGGACCAUUCUCCAUUUUCCCCAGCAUCGGCAUCUUCUGUCCACUGAGGAAGAGCAGAUGCUCCUAAGCAAAGGCAAAAGUGAAGUGGCACUUAAAGAUCUGUAUGAUCCUUGUUUUCUCCUUCAGCUUUUCAGCGAACUGUUGAGACCAGAAUGUGUCGCAGCUUGCCGCAAGUUUGUCGAGGUCAAUGCUUUGGGCCUGGUGGUAGCAGCCCUGAGCAGCUACGAUUGUAACAUGCGAGCAGCUGCAUACCACGUGCUGAGCUCUUUUCGCCCUCACCUCGAAGGGGCUCGAUUUCGAGAACAGAAGCAGUUGCUUUACCUGAUGGAUGUUGUUCAAAAUGGAAUCAGACAACCAAAUCUCAGGUUGACUUUCCCUUGGGUACUCUAUAUAUCUAGAGUGGCCCAGCAAAUGCUGAAGCCAGAAGAACACAUGUACACAAAACUGAACAGGUUCCUUUUAUCACACCAAUAUUUGGAUUUGAAGAAAGUGCCAGGAUUCUUUCACCUUUUCUAUAGUUUUGAUUCAGAGCACAAAUUUGAACGUGAAUGGUCUCUAACAAUUAUUGGGGAAGGACUCAGAGAUAAACACUGCUAUGAGUUGUAUGAUUAUCAGAGAAUUUUCCAUAUCAUUCUGUCUUUCUUUCAUAAUCCUCUGUGUGAUGAAGCCACCCAGGAUCAGAUUCUGGAAAUACUUCAGAAUGCCGCAUUCAUCACCAAAGCUGCCUAUGAGCUAAUAAGAGAUCAUAGCUUGUUAACGUGGAUACUGUCUAUUCUAGAAAAGAGGGUUUUAGAAAACAAGAUGUUAAACCAUGUAAUCUCCUUAGUCCAUACUCUGUGGUUAACCAAUUUAGGAGAUAAGCAAAAGGCACUUGGAAUAUCUUGCAAGGAGGAGCUACAAGAGAAUCAGAAAUUCCUUCCUCUCCAGCUUGUUAGUGAAUUUCUCCAUAUUUUGAUAACGCUUCUUAAACACAUUCGAGCCAACUUGGAUCCUGUUAAACUGAUUCAGUUUUUCAGCACAUUAAAUUCUGUGUUAGAAUACCGUGCUGUGGUUUUUGAGGCCUUCAGAGCAAUGAACAGGUUCACCGUGAAUGAGCAUAUCCUUUCAAACAAAGAUGUUCUCCUGCUUUUGCACAAGUGGAGUAGAAUUGGCAAAGAUGAGGAACUUCACAAUGAUCUACAAACAGUUGCACAACAGUACAAAACUAAAGAAUUACUUAAAAAUAUUAAAGAAAAAAACAAAUCACAAAUACCUUUUCGACCAUCAUCCCGACCUGUUCAGAAAAGGAAUGAAAUUGAAACGGAGACAGAAACAGCCUCUGAAUGGACAGAUGUUUACUUAGGGGAAUGCAGAUCUGUUCUGAGAUCUUUACUUGUCCACUGGGAACCUUGCUUUCUAAAUGUGCCAGCAGAGCAUCAAAAAGAGCAGAAUGGAUAUGGGGAUCCUAGACUUACAUCUGAAAUUGCUUAUUUAGUUUUCAGGUGGCUUGUGAAGUCCCAUAUUGACAACAGUGCCAACAUACAAAGUGCACUUUUGACUUUCAGGUGGUUUAAAAAGAAUGUUUUGGGAAACAGCACAGUGGAAGAGAAGAUUCUUAAAGAUGCCACACUGAAAAGUGGCAUGUUUAAGGUUUACAGUAGCAUUUAUAAUGCCAGUGAAGAGAAGACUGUAGGACUGAGUGAUCUUUCUUUGCUUAAUGGAAUCAUGCUUCAUCUGCUAGCUUCUCAGAACUUGACAAAAAAUGUUUUCUAUAUGACUGUGAAGAAGUUCUGCCUCUCUCCAAUGACAGAGGAAGAUAGAACGAAGAAAGCUGCAGGCAUAUUCCUUACUUCCAUUUAUAUUGGAGACAUUUGGCUGGGAGCAAAGCAACCAGAUACAUUUAUAACACAUGUUAAACUGAUAUGUGGAGCAGCAGAUAGAAAGCAAAUUGGUGAUCAAAAGAAGGGAAAAUGUGAAGAAGCUAUGAUUUCUCUAUGUAAAGACAUUUAUGCAUUCUUAAUUCUUCACCCUGCCUUUGAGUAUUAAAACACCAAGUAUGUGCCAUGCUCUCUAUACUAUUUAAAAUAUACUCUGUAAUUAUCUACAGGGAAUUAUUUUGGUAUUCAUAAUUUGGGUUUUGUAAAUAAGCAACAUUAAAAUGGUGUCAUUUGUAAAACCUGGUAUUUGAAUAAAUAUUUUGUUUUUUUCA